GGAGAACUCGUACAUAAAUUCUUAAAAUAAAAAGUAUUUUAACUUUAAAGUGUAGAAUAAUAAGCAGAUUAAUUAAACUUGAUACAAUAAUUAAAUAAAAGUGCACAAAAUAAACAUAUUGUCAUAUUAUUAAACAAUAGUUUUCAUACAAAAAUUCUUAUAAGACAAUAUUUUUAAUCGUCACAACUAGCAUCAGCAGUCAGUGGAAAUCAAAAGCAAUUUGUAUUAAAAAUAACAAUAUUAAGUUAUCAAAAUGAGUCGCCGCAUUUCACGUGUUGAGUCUGGCGCUGAUUUAUUGGAUUUUCUUGAUCGUGGUCACACUGCGUCGUCAGAGAAUCGGUUUACAUUUGAGGUAGCAUGGGAAGCGGCAAACAAGGUCGGUGGUAUUUACACUGUCAUCAGAUCAAAAGCAUUUGUAUCAACUGAAGAGCUUGGAGAUCAAUACUGCUUGAUGGGACCAUAUAAAGAAGAAAGUGCUCGACAAGAAGUUGAAGAGUGCGAGUUCCCUAAUAAUUCACCAUUUCAAUGGGCUGUGAAUGCAAUGAGAACUGUUGGCUAUAAGAUUCAUUGUGGGCGCUGGCUUGUCGAUGGAAAUCCACAAAUUAUCUUAUUCGAUAUUGGAUCAGCAGCAUGGAAAUUGGAUGAAUUUAGACAAGAAUUAUGGCAAAAGUGUAAUAUUGGAAUUCCACAUUUGGACAUUGAAUGUAAUGAUGCUGUUAUACUUGGCUACAUGAUUGCACAUUUCAUUGGUGAAUUUAAAGUUGCUGCUGAAAAAUUCUCGCGAGAUCACGGUCUCUCUGAGCCAAAAAUUGUAGCUCAUUUUCAUGAGUGGCAAGCUGGCGUUGGUUUGAUUGCAAUCCGCACUCGACAAAUUGAUGUAGCGACUGUAUUUACGACUCAUGCUACUUUACUUGGACGAUAUUUGUGCGCUGGCAACACCGACUUUUAUAAUAAUCUGGACAAAUUCUCUGUUGAUGAAGAAGCAGGAAAACGCCAGAUUUAUCAUCGAUACUGCUUAGAACGUGGAGGUGCUCAUUUGUCACACGUGUUUACAACUGUCUCAGAAAUUACAGGCUAUGAAGCUGAGCAUCUUUUGAAAAGACGUCCUGAUUUCAUUACUCCAAAUGGUUUGAAUGUGAAAAAAUUCUCAGCUAUUCACGAGUUCCAAAACUUGCAUGCUAUGGCAAAAGACAAAAUUCACGAAUUCGUUCGUGGUCACUUUUUUGGGCAUUUUGACUUCAAUUUGGAUAAGACACUUUACUUUUUCAUCGCUGGACGUUAUGAAUUUAGUAAUAAGGGUGCUGAUAUUUUCAUUGAGGCACUUGCUCGUUUAAACCAUCAUCUCAAGUCAUCAAUGCCUGAUACAACAGUUGUUGCAUUUUUAAUUUUCCCUGCAAAAACAAAUAACUUUAACGUAGAAUCACUUCGUGGUCAUGCAGUUACUAAGCAAUUGCGUGAUACAAUUAACAAUAUUCAACAACAAAUUGGCAAACGCAUGUACGAUACAUGUUUAGCUGGACGUCUACCAGAUAGCAAUCAGUUGCUCACAAAAGAAGAUGUUGUUAAAAUAAAGCGCUGUCUUUAUUCUCUUCAACGGCAAGGCAUGCCACCUGUGACUACUCAUAAUAUUGUUGACGAUUGGAAUGAUCCUGUCUUGAAUUCGAUUCGUCGCUGUAAUCUUUUCAAUACAGUCAACGAUCGCGUUAAAAUUGUCUUUCAUCCAGAGUUUUUGAAUUCUACAAAUCCACUAUUCGGUUUGGAAUACGAAGAGUUUGUUCGUGGAUGUCAUUUAGGAGUUUUUCCCUCAUACUAUGAGCCUUGGGGCUACACGCCAGCUGAAUGUACAGUAAUGGGUAUUCCUAGUGUAACAACAAAUUUAUCAGGCUUUGGUUGUUUUAUGCAUGAGCACAUUACUGAUCCUAAAUCUUACGGAAUUUACAUCGUCGAUAGAAGAUUUAUUGGAUUAGAAAACUCGAUUCAACAAUUGGCACAAUUUAUGUUUGAUUUCUCCAAACUUAAUCGUCGUCAGCGUAUUAUUAUGCGUAACAGAACUGAGCGUUUAAGUGAUUUGCUUGACUGGAAGAAUCUAGGAAUCUACUAUCGUCAUGCUCGAGUUAAGGCAUUGCAAACAGUCUAUACAGACUAUAUUGACGAAAUUGGUGAAAGUGUCUACAGUCGUGCAAACAGUUUUAAUUAUUAUACACGACCAGUAAGUGCACCCCCUUCACCAUCUUCGUCACGUCACACAACUCCAGCUCCUUCGGUUCAUGGUUCGGAUGACGAAGACAGCGUAGAUGAAGAUCAAGAAUUGCACGAAUUGGGCAUGAAUAAAUGAGGAAAGGGGAAAAAUAAGAAAACAAAAAAGUUUUUCUUAUAAAUCUGCCAACAUCACAAUAAUUCUCAUCAAAUUGUUUUCUAGUAUCCUUUACAAUUUAAACAAAAUGAAUAUAAACAUAAAAAGGAAACUUAUAGUUAUUGCCGUACUUGUAGUUUAUCAAUGUUUUUUUUUUGUUUUUAAAUUAUGUUAAUGUAAUUAUUGUUAGUCACUCGUGUUCAUUUAAAGUUGUCGCCCUUCAAUGCUAAUUGCCAAAUAAGAUCCAAAUUGAUAAAACGAGCAUUAGAAGGUUGGUAAAUAGUUCAAAAAGUUUAAACACAUAGUUUUUGUUAUUAUAUUUUCGUGGACCAUUAGUUAUUUAUACACGAUACCAUGA